AGUGAUGUCACCAGCCUCCUCUAUGGGCGUCCAACCACCAGCAGCGCGCGUCCCCAAAGAGACGCUUGGCACCGGAGCGCGCAGGCAGCAUUACGCACAGAACCUUGUGACUGUGACAUGCCUUGUGUCACAUUUAUGAUGCAUUCGGAACUUUUUUAUCGCAUUGGGACUUUUUGGAGGUCUUGUUGCUCGGGCACUAGCGCUCCUCUUCUCGGUGGUCUGGGGUUUAAAGAGCGUUACGCGCGGCUCGACUGCACGCAUCGGCCGGUUCGGAGGACAAUAGGAGGACGCACGCACAACAAACAUGACGCACUGGGGCAAAUUUGAGCCACGAUGGAUUCAAGUGAGGUAAACGUGUUGUUAGAAAAUGUCUCCAAGGAUGUUAACAGCACGGACGCGGGUUUCGCGUUGCCUCACUCUGUGCCGGCCUCCGUGCUCAUCAUCUUGGUGGUGACUGUGAUCAUCUCCGUGACCAUCGUGGGUAAUGUGUUGGUCAUUGUAGCCGUGCUGACGAGCCGCGCUCUCCGCGCCCCUCAAAACCUUUUCCUGGUCUCGUUAGCCUCAGCAGACAUCCUGGUGGCCACGCUGGUCAUCCCCUUCUCACUGGUCAACGAGGUGAUGGGCUACUGGUACUUUGGAAGCACCUGGUGCGCGUUUUACCUGGCGCUGGACGUGUUGUUCUGCACCUCCUCCAUCGUGCACCUGUGUGCCAUCAGUUUGGACCGCUACUGGUCUGUGACUAAAGCGGUGAGCUACAACCUGAAGAGGACCCCUAAGCGCAUCAAGUCCAUGAUCGCAGUGGUGUGGGUGAUCUCAGCGGUCAUCUCCUUCCCUCCUCUCCUCAUGACCAAGCACGACGAGCGCGAGUGUCUCCUCAACGACGAGACCUGGUACAUCCUCUCCUCCUGCGUCGUGUCCUUCUUUGCCCCGGGUCUCAUCAUGAUCCUGGUCUACUGUAAGAUCUACAAGGUGGCCAAGCAGCGCUCCUCCACUGUGUUCGUGGCCAAAAACGGCCUGGAGAGGCAGCCCUCCCAAUCAGAGACAUGCUUCGUCAGGAAGGACCGCUUCGAGAUGGAGAGCCCCAGCAGCCAGAGCUCCGGAAGUCACCCGCAGAGACAAGGCGAGCUGGACGACAUCGACCUGGAGGAGAGCUGCUGCCCGUCGGACACCAAACCCCGUAACCACAACGUCACCAGGCGGAGCAAAGUGGAGGGUUCGGACAGCUACUCGUCUCAGAACUGUCGUAUCUCCUGGGCUUCAUCCCGCACGUCACAACUGUACCCAGAGCACAAGAACCAGGCAGGACGCCAACACGCUGCCGCCGUGAACAAGACCAAAGUGGCCCAGAUGCGAGAGAAGCGCUUCACUUUCGUCCUGGCGGUGGUGAUGGGGGUGUUUGUGCUCUGCUGGUUCCCCUUUUUCUUCACUUACAGCUUGCACGCUAUCUGCAGGGACAGCUGCUACAUUCCUGGCACCCUCUUCAACCUUUUCUUUUGGAUUGGCUACUGCAACAGCUCCGUCAACCCCAUCAUUUACACCAUUUUCAACAGGGAUUUCCGAAAAGCCUUCAAGAAAAUAAUUUGGCGAACCUCUAAGCGCACAUGAACAACAGGAGAGGCUUCCUGGGUGGCAAAUCUUUUCUCCCAGCUUUCUUUUUCAAUGGCGAGGAAAGAAUUAAAGGAGAUUAGACGAACUCAGCCUGGAGCUGAUUGUUUCCCUUCUGCACAAUUGUAAUGUGGCUUCUGGAACAAUGGCUGUUGUGUACAGAUCAUCAUGUAAAAAAAACAAACAAACAAAAAAGUUGAGCAAAAGCAGUAGAAACAUUAAUAACCAUCUGAAACGUGCAUGGUCAGCAUUCCAAAUGUACCUGACAGAUGAAUCUGUUGGUGUUAACUGUAAUGAUGGAAUUAUUCAUGUAUUUUUAUCUAGCGGCAGAACAGGAUGGUCCUAUGAGAGAGUGACAUGCAAAUUAAAUUAAACAGCAGUUGCUGGACGCACAAACACUCCUCUAUUUUUAAAAAUAUGUCAUUUAAAUGUGCAUUUGAAACACGGCAGUGCUCGUCAGACACAACAUUAGGUCCGCCUGCAAAAAGGCUCAACAAAUUGUGGCCUGGGGGCCAUUUUCGGCUUUCAGUUCAUUUUUUAUUGCUAUAUUCUAAAAAAUAAAGUUCAUUAUUAAUGAGCUUGGAUAUUACUCUAAUUUUCUUUGUCACCUCUAAUAGUGGUUCUCAACCGCUUUUAGACUGCGGGACCCACCAUCACCCCUCAAAGACAAGUGGUGACCCAAGUUGCGGGAAUUUUUCAACUCAAACUUCUCAUCUUUUUUAUAUUUGAAGGCGGUGCUCCCACUAAUGACCGGGACCGGGGGUGAGGGAGAUGUCGUACAUUACAGCGAUCUAAUUGAUCUUGUCUACUAUGUAUCGUGUAAAACCAAGACAGGAACAUCACAUUAACAGCACAAAAUGAAUGAAGGCCCACCAUCCCCCAGUAGAUGUUUUUCAGAGAGAAGAUUAGAAUGUCGCUGUUUGACAUGUGCAGUAACAGGCACCGUGCUAGCAUGAAUUAACUUGAGGUUGUGCACCAAACAAAUAUGCACAUGAUCACUCGGUAACGUCAUCAGAUCUGAACUUUAUGCAUUCCCCCAUACAGCAGUUUAGCAUUUGGGGCCCAAAUACGAGUGGAAAGAAAAAUGGGGAAAAUACAGUAUAACUUCUCUCUGUGCAGUGCGGUUGCAUUCAAGGACUGUCGAACAAAGUGGGACAGGUCGCCGCUCGCAACAAACAAACAAAAACUGUGGGAUUUCCAACUGCAUAUUAUUUUUUGAAUAAAAUAAUGGCCCAUACUUGCAAAUUUUACAACCAUUUACAUAAAAGUCAAUGUAGUAAUUUACAAAUGAUUUUUUGUAUUUAUAUAUUUUUAUUUAUUAUUAUUAUUUUUGUUGUUUUCCCGGUGGUUGGGGACCCCCGUUUUACGGGACUGUUUUCAACACAACGUGAGCUGCAGCACUGAGACGCUGUCCACUGCCGUCUCUUUAUGGCGAGCCCUUCUCCAGCAGAUAUCUGCAGCUGUGUGUCGGACGGCUGGCACGUUAAAGUCUCCACUCGACGCCCUUCCUCUCCCACUCAAGCUUGACUGCCUGCAUCUCGCGGCGGCGUAGCAAGCGGAUAGUGCAGACAAGCAAGUGAGCUGCAUUCACAGACAUUGGGUCGUUACAUUGCUCUUUUACUUUUUUCCCCAGGCAGAGACUCGCGACCCACCAGUUGAGAACCACUGACCUAUAACACAAAGCUGAUGCCUUGUUCACGUAUCUUAGCCUAUAUUGACCUACACCGGAUUGGUUUUAGCAUUUUUAUCCUUCCACUUUUCUGUAUGCGGCUCUUGGUGGGAAAAAAAAGUUUCAGUGCAAGAGCUGUGUCACAAAAUCAUCCUUUAUUGAAGAAUAAUAAUGCUUUGUUUUAAUUGACUCUGUCAUUGACGCUGGUUUACAGUGUUGUGGAACAGGCUUCAUCAAGCUGAGAGGUGUUCCUAAUAUUUUGAUAAUCAUAUUUAGCUAAAAAAAAAAAAGGGAAGUACACAUUUUAUGCUAUCUUUGUAAAGGCGCCGUUUUUGGUACAGCUCUUAUAUGACUAUAGGUGUACCUAAUAUAGUGUCCAUUUCACUGAGAUCUCACACGCAUCACUCACUCCAUUCACGAACAAUGGCCGAGCUGAGGCAUGAAUGUGCAAACACUAUUGAAUAAGUGUGCACGUCAAGUGGAUACGUGCAUAUUGUGGGUGUAAACAUUAAAAGCACGUGGCACACAGUACAUCCCAAUUCUCCCAACACAAAACAAGGCUUGUGUGAGAUCAGAUCAGGGUCAUGUUGUCUAUAGCAAAUGUUGCGUUACCUCUUGCCAUUGUAUUGUACCACCAUCUGACCGUGAUGAAGUUGUAGGGCACAGGUCAGAUGGGUGCACGCAUGCAAGAAUCAAUGGCAUCCAGCUCCCUGCAACAGUGCACACCGUGAGGUUGAGUGGUGAAGCAACGUGAUCGAUGCGGGUGUCCAUCAACUUCAAGGUUUCAGCAUGAAGAAGACAUCAAUAACAAGAAAUCUCAGCUUUGUGAUAUAGGUGGAAAAAAAGUAUUAUUUGUAUGAACAUCAGGCUUUUUUCUUUUACAUUUUCCAAAUAUUUAAACUUUCUUCUUAAAUAAUCUUCGUAAAUUUUCUUUUUGUAAUGACUUCAUUUCCAUCAAAUGACAUUUUUUUCCCCACAAACUAAUUUUCCCAAAAUUCCAACUUUAUUUCAUUUUUUUGUUUGUUGAAACAUUAUGAAUUAAAAAAAAAGAAUGUAUUUUUUCUUUCAUAUUUAAACACUAUGCUACUAAAAAGACAAUAUGAUUCCUCAUAACAUUAUGAGUUUUUUCUAAUAAAAUUGCAACUUUUUUUCUCGCUAGGAUACAACUUCUUUCUCUCGUACAAUUGCAGCUGUUUUUCCCCAUUUCUGCUGUUUUUAAAAUUUUCCAACGAUUUCAACUUUCUACUUGUACAUUUUAUUCUUGUAAUUAUGACUUUAUUCUUAUGAUUUUAAAUGAUAACUUUUUCCACAACCUAAUUUCCCAAAAAUGACAACUUUAUUUGAUGUUGUUUCUCAUAAUAUGACUUUCAAAAAGUCUUUUUUGUAGAAUAUUUCAACAUUAUUCGACUGAUAUGGCGUUAUUUUUCCUCAUAUUAUGUUAUUCUUGUAAAACUGCAACAUUUUUACGCAAUUUCAGUUUUUCUCUUAAUAUUUUGACUUUAUUCUUGCAAAAUUACAUUUUCAUUUUUUUCAGUUUUUUUUAGUUUUCUUGUUAAACUAUAUUUUUAGAAUGUGACAUGGGCCUGUAAAAAAAACAGCCGCGGGCUGCAAAUGGCCCCCGGGCCGCACUCUGGACACCACUGCAAUAACUAUACAAAGUUAACAGUGGUCUGUGUUCCAGGUCCCCUAUUAGUUAAAAUGGACUUUUUAAUGUAAAGUAAUGUGUUCCUAGAGCCUGUUUAUGAGCACCAAACAUAAGAAAACGAUCAUCUCCCUCACUUGCUUGCUUGACUUUGGAGAGAAGAGAGGCGCUCACGGUCGCUUUUGAAGUUACGGGUUUUCAUGACAUCACGAAGGAAAACCCUCCUUCCUGGAACGCCCAUCACUUCACGGAGGGCAGUUUUGUGUAAAAAAGCAGGCUUUGCUACACAUCAUGAAAUGAAGGCUGGAGCUCUGCCAACUAUUCGUCAGUUUGUGUAAGUUUGAUUUUUUUUGUUUUAACUGGCCGAAAGAUUAAAAAGUUGUGAAAAGCUUAAUGUUCCCUUCCUUGUUAGCAUCCUAUUAGCUAGCUAAACAAAACGAGGAACUGGAAGUUACGCCGCCCGUCUACGAUGUCAUCAGCGGCUGACUCUCAAAAAUGUUAACACAAAACCGUUUUUUUGUAAUAGUUUUACACGCAUAAAACAAUUUUAAAUGCAUAUAAAUGAGGAAAGAAAGGAAUAAAUGAACAUUGAAGGUUAUUUUUACCUUCAUUAAAGACGUGACUGUUCCCAAAGACAGGAUGCGACAGCAAGAUCGACCACCACCACCCUCCUGUUUUCACAUCAAGAAUCAUGUCUUCAGUGUUCAUUUAUCCCUUUCAUUCGUCAUUUGUAUGUAUUUAUAUGCAUUUUGAAUUGUUUUCUGCGUGUAAAACUAUUAAAAAAACGUGUCUUGUGUUAACAUUUUUGGCUUUCUGGAACAAGUUCAUUUGAAUUACAUUAUUUCUUAUGGGAAAAAUGUAUUCCGUUAACGUCCGCUUCUGUUCGAACAAAUGAAUGAUGCUAACCAAGGUUCCAAAGUAUAACAAUUUCCUCGUUUGGAGCUAAUGUUUCUUGUAACAACACCUCCCAAAAUAUUACAGCUCGAGGUGCAUUUCCAUCUAUUUCCAAUGGCUGUGAUUCAAUAAGUACGUUUAUUAUUGAGUCAAGGGGCUGGCUCAAGCUGUGCUAAGUCAUCUGAAUCGUGAGUAAACAGAGCAUAUGAGAUCACAGCCAUACGAUUCACGCCUGGAAUGCGUCUUAACCUCGUAAAAAAAAAAAAAAAAACAACACACACGAGAAUAUUAUUGCAAAAAAUAUAUAUAUAUAUAUUAUUGCACUUAUUUUAUAGUGAAUUAAUAGUCAUCCUAACUGCUCACCUUCAUCUUGGAUGAAGAAGCUUCCUUGGGAAAAGUGUGUGGGGAGGAAACGCUGACCAUCCAGAUUCAAAACCGUGUGUGUGCGCGCACUAUUUAUAUCCUCUUAAGAAUGUCUCCUACUGCUACUGGCACCACGCCAAAGAUAAUCACCCCAUUGGAGGGGCGUCACGUUGAAAAGUGUUCUGUAAAAUCUCCACUGAAAUACGUGGGUGCGCACUAAUGUGGGCGCUGUGGAAGCGAAUGGGGCUGAAUGCGUCGUCUCUUCACGUGAACCCGCCGUUUUUAUCCAGAAGGUGAGGCUUGAAUGUGAGAACGAAGAGCGAGCGUUGUGACCGAGUCUCAAAUUCUUCCAACAAACGUCUGCCGCAGUCAUAAAAAGAUGAGAAUAUUAGACGGAGAAACUGUUCCCUUUUUGUGCCCCAGCGGAGACACUGAUGACUCAGUACUCCAGGUCUAAAAUCAUAUCCCAGUUGUGGAUAAUUAUAAAAUAGUUACACUCAUUGACAUAUCAAAGCCUCCCCACUUACUGGAUGCUACUUGAUCCAGAGUGAAAAUGUUUACACGAACACCGGCAUGUAAUUUACUUUCUGAUGACUACCAGGACAUGCAGCUCCCUCGAUGGCGCUGGCUUAUACCGAGGAAAUUAUCUUUCCAAUCAACAUUCCAGAACGGAGCGCAGUGUUUUCUUUUUAAUUAGCUCUGGUGUUGUGUCGCUCACUUUCAAUUUGCCUUGAAAAGGCAUGUCACUUUUGCUUACACUUGUCACCUUUAUUGCGCAAACAAGCGUUAGGCGACGCAGAAAAGAAAAAAAGUAGG